GCUUGGGGCCCUGCUUCCUCAGGGAGGGCGAUGCUGCGGGUGAGGCUUAGCUUUCAAACUUCUGCUGCUUGGUGCACGGUGGGUGCUCAGCACAGGUCCACUAUGCCGAGCACAGGCUGGGGACAGCGGUCCCCUUUGGAGUGCUCCAGUCUUAGUGUUAGAGUCCCUGGGGACUGCAGGCCACACCUGUGCCCCUGACUCCCCACUCACUUCCUCCUCUGUCAGUCCUCCUCCCUCCUCUUUGAAGACCCCAGGGCCCUUCCUCCUUUACCCUCCUUUACCCUGAAUAAUUGCCUCCUUCCCUGACAUCUCUCUGCCAGAGGUGGCCAGAGCAGGGUCAGGUGCCUCAGUGUCCUCAUUUGUAAAGUGGGACGGAUUGGAGCACCUGCCUCAUAGGAUCGCAGUGAGUGAGGGUGACUGUGGUCAGCAGAUUAAAGGCCCUUGAUCAGCACCUGGCACUUCGGACCUGUUCUGAAUCACCCUGCCCCUGGUCGCAGUGUGCAGGGUUCACUGCUGUCCCUCCUGGACCCAGGUGCCUCAAAGUUGGGGUCCCUCCCUGCUGCAUCCUUCCCAGAGGCCAAUGCCAGUGGGCUAGACCGGAGGUGCCAGGCUGGUAGGGAUCCUGCCCAAUGCAGGUCCCUGAGUCUGCAGGGGCCUAUGGGCCAUGGAGCAGCCCAGAAGCCCAGCGAUGACCGAGCCCUCCAUUAUUCCAUCCGUGCCCCAUAACCCGAGGCCUGCAUGGUAUGGAUGUGGGCCUCUUCCUACCCUAGCCAGAGUCCAGCCAGCCCACCGAGAUGGCCUGUGUGCCAGCACCAUGUGCGACAGUCACCUUCGAAGCUCAUGCUCAGAGGUCUGUCCACCCAUGCCAGCCUGCACCAGCCUGUACCAGCCUUAAAGCCAUCAGAGGUGUGCAAAGGACCAGGGUCAGAGGAGCUCGGUGGGUACAGAGCGGCAGCGGCAGACGGGCGGGCAGGCCAGCAGGCUGGCACCUGGGCAGGCAUGGGGGCUGUGCCAGUGUUGGAGGAGCAGGCUUCCGAGUUCCCGGCGCCAAGCCUCACAGAGGCCCUGCCCAUGGUCUUUAGCAUGCGCCCCACGCUCAGGAAUUCACAGGGCAUCUAUCACUAUGGCACGGAGGUACUUAGACAGCUGGACCCCCAGGAGCCGGGGCGCAGCGUGAAGCAGACAAUCCGUGUCGCGCUGUGACACGUGCGAUCAUGUGCCACCGUGAUGGAUCAACAGUCAGCACUGCUGUGGGCCCAGCUCGCCCUGACCCACGUAGUGGUGUCUGUCUUUGUCACCUGGUGGGUGGCCCCUCGCCCCAGCGGCUCCCACACCUCUGCCUUUCAUUGGUCAUGCGGGAAGUGUCAGAGGAGCUGGGACUCGGGAGGGGCACUGGAAGGGGUCCACGGUGACCUCCGGGGCUGCGGCCAGGGUGCCCCUUCCUGAGGAAGCUGGUGAGAAAGUCACAGGAAUCGCCUGGCCUGGCCCCCAGACCCGUCCCGACACCCCAGCCGGCAGGUCACCUCGCUUCUCAGGGCCGUGGUUUCUCCGCUGGGCACUCAGGACAAGUGUGUUUUUCUCAGGUGUGAGCGGCCACCUUCCUGGCUGUGCCCCUGAGUGCCCCUGCAUGCUACAAUGCACCCCCUCUUGCCCAGGGGUGCAGGUCUCCCGUCUGGUAUAGAGGGGCCCUUCCGUGUAGGGAAGGACAGGGCUGGGACUGGGGCCGAUGGAGAAGCAGCUCCUGCGUCUCACGGUGGGGGAAGCCACAGGGAGGAGUCACGUGUCAGGCAGGGGUGUCCUCCUGGGUGGCUUCCAGGCCUCCGCGGCCCACAGCUGGCCACACGUUGGCAGCCUGCUAUUUCGUCCCAGGAGACCUUGGGGCUUCUCUAAGGCUGGGGACAUGUGGCUUCUGCCCCUUGCCUCACCUGUGCCUGUCCCCACGAGUCCCCCAAAGCCUAUUCCCUGGUCGCACAGUGUCAAGGACUUCUCAGGGCAAAGGGGAAGUGUGUGUAGAUGUGGUCAGGGGCAUUUAAAAGUUGUCCCAGAAGUAAAGCGCUAACCUGGAACCUGAGGUCACUCACAGAAACUCUGUGCCCUCUUCUGGGUGGCUGCCACAGUCCCAGGCCCCUGGCGAGAGGGACCUUGGAAGGCUGAAGCCCCUCUGUGUGAGUUCCUGGGUCCCCGGCCCAGCCCUUCUCCCGCCUCAUGGCCUGGUUACGUCAAAGCCCCACCGGGCUGUCCCCACUCUCUGUGGGCAAGUGUGGGCUUACGGCCAGGGGACGCCAGGGGCAGCCUUGAAGAAGCAGAAGGGUGGCCUGGGAGGAGCUUGCGGACACAGAAGGGAACUGGGGCAGGGGCUGGUGUGGGCUGUCCCUUCCAGGAGCUGGAGAGGAAGGAGGGACACUGACCGAGCGCCCAGACCAGGCGGCCCUAGAUGGAGAGCUGGCUUCCAUGGCAGGGGGCUGUGGCCGGCCCCUGCAUGGCCCCCCGACUCUUCGCGGUGUUCCUGGUGCCCUGGACCCUGCAGCUGACAGGAGGGCAGUUAGUGAACCACACCGGCCUCCCCAUCGUGGUCUCCCUGGCCAACAUGACCUCCUCCUUCAGCUGCAGCAUCACCUACAACUCGAAGUUCAAGGACUUCACUGUCAACUACUUCCACAUUAACCUCCAGGGUCAGGGGAGCCAGGAGGAGAAGCUCCCCUGCCAGCCGGGCCCGGUCAUAGAGAACCGCACCUACACCCUGAGCUGCCCAGUCAACCUCAGGCUGCCAGACGCCUCGGCUACCGGCACCUACUACUGCGUGGUCCGGUGGCCAAGCUACAUGGUGCAGGGCAGUGGCACCUUCAUCCUGGUCAGAGACACAGGGUACCAAGAGCCACCACCUCCACCUCCGAGCAACCAGAAGGCCCUGUUGUGUGGCUUCACCGGGCUCCUGGCUGUGCUGAGCGUGCUGGGCACGGCUCUGCUGCUCUGGAAGAAGAAACAAAGCCUGUUUCCAAAGAAGCACCCCACCCAGCUGAGCCCGGACCAGAGAACUGCCAGCGGAGCCACAGAGCCAGCUGCAGAAUCCGUCUACACGGCCCUGCAGCACCGGGAGACCGAAGUCUACGCCUACAUUGACAGCAAGGCAGGCACCCCGUGCCCUGCCCAGAGCCCUCCCUCCCAGGAGAAAGAGCAGCAGUUCCAGGAUGACAGCGAGGGGAACCUGGUCUAUGAAAAUCUCUAAGACAGUGGCCUUAACCAGGGGCUCGGAGCAGCCCCUCUAGUCAAAGACUCGAUCUGAACCAGGAGCCAGGCCCCCAGGGACACAGCACCCCUCAUGCUCAGACUCAGGGCCCCCCUACCUUGGGCUGCCCCACUCCCCCCACUCUGCACCCCAGCCUGAGCCCCUGACUGCAUCCCGCCCUGUGGGCGCUGUGAGCCCCGGACACAGCAGGGAUCCUAUGGGUGCCUGCACUGAGCCACUGUAUGAUCCCCACCUGCGCCACUGGUCCAAAGGCUGUGUGGCCAUGUCCAGUGAAGCAGGAUGCUAGGGUGGGCUGGGGCUGGGCGGGAAUGGUCAGCCACACCCAGGCUGCACUGGGGUGGAGAUGGUAGGGAGGCCUAGGAUGUGGGCCAGCAAGUGAGACUGAGCAGGGGUCCUGGAACAGGCUGAGUUGGUAUUUGGGGUGGGGUGUAGGGUACAGGGCAGCUGCUGCUACACAGGAGCUUGGCGAAUGACCUCAAGCUCUCCUCUCCCCUCAGAAGAAGCCCAAGCUGCUGCCCAGGGGGUUGGCCCCCUGUACUCGCCAGUCACCCUCUGCUCCUUAGGCCUCCCCAGUUCAGGGCCUAGUUCCCCAGAGUCCCUUCCAGCUGGCCACUCCUGGCCCCACUGCCUGUGCUGCUUCUGGUCACCCUCUUCCUCAGACUUCACCGGCCUUUGGCUCCAGCCCCUGACUCUGGGGUGGAAGCCAGAGGGGACCUGGUGGCCUCCUGACUCCUCGAGGCGCCCUCUUCCCCGUGCCAGUGCAGGGCCAUGGCUUGCUGCCUCUCCAGCUGGGCCCUCAGGGGGCCUCUGAGUUGUGGAGGCUUAGGCUGGGGGUGGUCAGGGGGAUCCCCAGUGCCUGGCCCGGAGCCUUCUGCUGUCCCCAGUGUCCCGAGACCCCUUGCGGUGCAUCACACAGGGCCUCCGUGUCCCGGUCACCCAGGCCAUCAGGAGCCGUCCUUCCCUUGCUGCUCUGCUCCUUGGCCUUCUCAUGGAUUGUCGGGCAGGUCAGCACCCCCUUCCUACCUCCUGGACUACUCCAGGGAUUCCUGGGGUGCCCUCAUAUGAAACCCAAAUGUGCUCAGAGAGAGGGAGCACUCAAGCCCAGCCUGAGUCCCCAAGCAGCACUGUACCACCAGGGCUCAGGCAGCAUCAUUUUUGUUGUUGUUUUUAGAUUUUUGAGACUGGGUCUCACUAUGUAGUUGAGGCUGGCCUUGAAUAUGUGGCAAUGCCUCCUGAGUCUGGGAUUACGGGCAUGCAGCAUCAUGCCCAGCUUGGGCAGCACCUUCUGCAGGGAUAGGAAGGAAGACUGGUGGGGGCUGGGCACAGACAGACCUCUGGAAGUCCCUGGGACAGUCCACUAGAGUGGCACCAGGCCUUCCAGGACAGCCGUGGCCACCCAGCUUUGUCCUCGGCCUUAGCCUGUGAACACACAGCGGGAAGGGCUCCCAGGGGCUGGAUUUCAUCAAUGCAAGGCUUGCCUUGGGGGGAAUGGGGUGCCUCAUGCAGAGCAUUCUUCCAGACUCCGGACUGCAUUAGCCAGAGGUGGGGACUGGGCUGAUGAACUUCAAAGCUGGCAAGACCUGGGGAGCCCCCAGCCCAUGCCCAUUUCAUCCACCUCCUGGGCUGCUGUCUGCUGCCCUGGACCUUUUGGCGGGGACUCUGGCUUUUCCAGCCCUUACCAGGGAAGUAAGGGGCCUUGGGUGGAGACUUCACUGCCUGCCCUGGCUCAAGUGCCACCCUCAGGGCGCCCAGCUGCUGCCUGUUCCCACAGUCUCUUCCUCGUGAAGCAGCCAGCAGCGACCUGAUAACAUCCGCCUGGAGUCUCUCCUCUGCUGUUUUGGGGUUCCUGCUUCAUUUGGAAUAAAAUCCCAGCUUCUCCCCACA